AUGUCAUCAGCUGAAGAAUUUCCAUCAAUUAGACCAGGAGGUUCAUUAUUACUUGCAUGGCGCAUCAAAGACAAAAAUAUACUUAUUGUAGGUGGUGGUGAAGUGGCAGCAAGUAGAAUUGUAAAGGCCUUAGAAGCUGAUGCAAAAAUAAUUUUAAUUUGUCCAGAAAAAGGUUUAAAUAAAGAAGUUAGAUAUCGUAUUGAGAACAACCAAAUUCAUAAAUGGAUAAACAGAGAAUUUCAAAACGACGACUUAGAUGAAGAAGGGGGUAUUGAUAUGGUAUUAUCAGCCAUUGAUAAUCCAGAAAGAUCGCGUGAAAUUUGUUUGUUAUGUAGAGAGAAAAAAAUUCCAGUAAAUGUUGCUGAUGUGCCACCUAUGUGUGACUUUUAUUUCAUGGCAGAGCAUCGUGAUGGUCCACUUCAGAUUUCUGUUUCUACAAAUGGGAAAGGUCCUAAAAUGGCAACUAUGAUCCGUAACAAAGUUGCAGAAAAUUUACCAAAUGGUAUUGGAGAUACAAUUGAGAAAGUUGGUUUGUUAAGGCAAAAACUUCGACAGUACGAUUCUGAACAUAAAUCCUCCAAGAAAAGAAUGAAUUGGAUGUCUAGGAUUUGUGAAGAAUGGACAAUGGAGGAAUUGAAGUUGUUGGACGAAAAUUUAAUUAAUUUGUUAUUACAAUUUUAUGAACAAGAUCAUACACCAACUUAUUCAUCAAUAAUUAAACAAUUAUCAAAUAAAGAACAGUUUGAUCAGAAUUUAAAAAUUGACAAAAAAGGAAAGGUUAUUUUAGUGGGGGCAGGACCAGGUGAUCCAGAUCUUUUAACUUUUAAAGCAAGACAAGCAUUACUUGAUGCAGAUUUAGUUAUAACAGAUCGUCUUAUCCCAGAAUCUUUAUAUUCAAUGGUUAAAUGUGAAGUAAGAAUGGCUCCUACAAAAAAAUCAGGUGAUGGUGAUAAUGGAGGUGACGGAGAUGAAGGGAAAAAAUCAAGAUCUGCUGAAGCACAAGAUCUGCUUCAAAGUUGGUGUUUAAAAGCCUGUAAAGAAGGUAAGAUAGUAGUUAGAUUGAAAAUAGGAGAUCCAUUCUUAUUUAGUCGUGGUGGUGAAGAAGUUUUAUUUUUUAAAGAAAAUGGAUGUGCGGUAGAAGUUAUUGCAGGAAUUAGUAGUGCAUUGUCAGCUCCUAUGGCAGCAAAUGUUCCAGUCACCUACAGAGGUUUAUCAAACCAAGUAACUAUAAUGACUGGUCAAGCAGCUCAAGGAGAAUUACCAGAAGUACCUAAUUACAAUCCAAUGUGUACACUUAUUGCUUUAAUGGCAGUUGGUAAAGCUGAAGAAUUGUCUAAAGAAUUAUUGAAUAAAGGAUAUCCAAAAUAUUUAUCAGCCGUUUUUGUUGAGAAUGCUGAUCGACCAAAUCAACGAAUUAUUUAUGCAACAGUUGAAAGUUUGGGAAAAAUUGUAGAAAAAGAAAAUGUUAUUUCACCAUCCACUCUAAUUAUUGGUAGAGUUGUCAACGCUAUUAUUAAAAACGUAAAUGAAGAAAAUGAUAAUGUAUCAUAG